AUGAAAAUCCAUGAUGUGUUCCAUGUCAGCUUAUUGUCUGCUUUCAAACAAGACACAGAGUUUGAUUGCACAUUCACCCCUCUGCCAACUGUGAUCACAGCACAGGGAGAAGAGGAGUAUCAAGUAGACAAAUUUGGAUAUGCACCCCAUGAGGACACAUGGGAACCAGCCAAGGAUCUACAGCAUUGCAAGGACAAAUUGCGCAACUUCUUUGCCAAUCAUGCAGAUGCCCCAGCCGCCAACAACACCAUCCCUGCCAAUGCGUGCAAAGUUCAAAGAGGCAAGAUAGUCAAACAACUCAGCAAGUCAAAAACUGCCUGCUUUGUCACUUUACAAGCUCUCACUGCCACAACUUGCCCUGCUAAGCUCUUCUUGCAAUCCCCAUUAUCCCAGCAUGCCCAUCUUCAGCUCUAUUGA